CUUCUUUCUCAGGAAGCUAUGCCCCAGACAUCUGUGGUCUUCUCCAGCAUCCUUGGGCCCAACUGUAACAGACAGGUACAGCCCGGCAUGGGGGAAAGAGGAGGUGGGGCCAGCAACGGCUCCAGGGACCUCAUUUUCCAAGAUGGACGCCUCACUUCUGGAUCCUUGGAGGCCCUGAUGGAGCACCUGGUCCCAACGGUGGACUAUUACCCUGAUAGGACAUACAUCUUCACGUUUCUCCUGAGUUCUCGAGUCUUCAUGCCCCCUCAUGAUCUUCUGGCUCGAGUAGGGCAGAUCUGCCUGGAGCAGAGGCAACAGCUGGAGGCUGGGCCUGAGAAGGCCAAGCUGAAGUCCUUCUCUACCAAGAUUGUGCAGCUGUUGAAGGAGUGGACAGAGGCCUUCCCUUACGACUUCCAGGAUGAAAAGGCCAUGGCCGAGCUGAAGGCCAUUGCGCACCGUGUCACUCACUGCGAUGAGGUGAGCCCUGACCACCCCUUCACCCCACAGGAGAAUGGCACAGUGAAGAAAGCCAUUGCCCAAAUGAUACAAAGUUUGCUGCUGUCCCUGGCUGCCCGAAGCCAGCUCCAGGAGCUUCGAGAGAAGCUCCGGUCACCGGUCGUGGACAAAGGGCCUAUUCUUAAGGCCAAGCCACCAGCUGCCCAGAAGGACAUCCUGGGUGUGUGCAGUGACCCCCUGGUGCUGGCCCAGCAGCUGACUCACAUCGAACUGGAGAGGGUCAACAGCAUCCGCCCCGAGGACCUCAUGCAGAUCAUCAGCCACAUGGACUCCUUGGACAACCAUAGGUGCCGAGGAGACAUGACUAAGACCUACAGUCUAGAGGCCUAUGACAACUGGUUCAACUGCUUGAGCAUGCUGGUGGCUACCGAGGUGUGCCGGGUGGUAAAGAAGAAACACCGGACCCGCAUGCUGGAGUUCUUCAUUGAUGUAGCCCGAGAAUGCUUCAACAUCGGGAACUUCAACUCCAUGAUGGCCAUCAUAUCUGGCAUGAACCUCAGCCCGGUGGCACGGCUGAAGAAGACGUGGUCCAAAGUCAAGACAGCCAAGUUUGACGUCUUGGAGCAUCAUAUGGACCCCUCCAGCAACUUCUGCAACUACCGCACAGCCCUGCAGGGGGCAACACAGAGGUCCCAGACGGCCAACAGCAGUCGGGAGAAGAUUGUCAUACCUGUGUUCAACCUCUUUGUGAAGGACAUCUACUUUCUGCACAAAAUCCACACCAAUCACCUGCCCAAUGGGCAUAUUAACUUCAAAAAAUUUUGGGAAAUUUCCAGACAGAUCCAUGAGUUCAUGACAUGGACACAGGUAGAGUGUCCCUUUGAGAAGGAUAAGAAGAUUCAGAGUUACCUGCUCACAGCACCCAUCUACAGCGAGGAAGCUCUCUUCAUCGCCUCCUUUGAAAGCGAAGGACCUGAGAACCACAUGGAGAAGGACAGCUGGAAGGCGCUCAGGACCACCCUCCUUAACAGAGCCUAA